CAGAUACAGUUUUAUAGAUUCAAGUUCAUUUUCUAUUAAUAAUUCAUAAAUAGUUUCUACUUUACAGGACAUUAAUAAUUGACCACGUGCUGUGUGACAGAACUUUUUUGUGUCGACCUUAUCUUUAACCAACAACCGAGGCAUAAAAAUGAAAUGGCCAUCGUCUCAAGUACGGGACACUUUUGUCAAUUAUUUCCUCCGGCACUCAUCACUUCCUCAUAUUCAUGUCCCCUCUUCCUCAAUUAUUCCGAGGAACGAUCCCUCACUUGCGUUCGUCAAUGCUGGCAUGAAUCAGUUUAAGGAUAUAAUUUUGGGACUCGGCCGACCACCAAAUCCUAGAGUCGCCAACAGCCAAAAAUGCUUGAGAAUUAAUGACCUUUCUCUCGUCGGAAUGGACACAUAUCAUCACACAUUCUUUGAAAUGUUGGGAAACUGGUCGUUUGCAAAUUACUUUAAGCCCGAAGCGUGUCAAAUGGCAUGGGACCUUUUAACCAACGUAUACAAAUUAGAUCCAAGUAGAUUGUAUGUUACCUACUACGCUGGGGGGAGUUCUAUUCCGGUAGAUGAAGAAACGAAACGAAUUUGGGAGUCAAUGGGAAUCCCUAAAGAUCGAAUAAUUCCGUUUGGAAUGGAAAAUUUCUGGGCAAUGGGACCAAUUGGACCUUGUGGACCAUCAACAGAAAUUCAUUAUGAUCAUCGAGGGACAUUAUCAGACCCGAAGGAAGUAAACAAGGAAUCUGGAAAUGUGGUGGAAGUCUGGAACCUAGUUUUUAUGCAGUACAAUAGAACCAACAAUGGUAAUUUGGAACGUUUACCUUUGUCUCAUGUGGUGGAUACUGGAGCUGGGCUGGAGAGAUUGACGGCUGUUCUGAAUGGAAAAGUUUCAAACUACGAUACCGACUUGUUUAUCCCAAUUUUUGAAUGUGUACAAAAUCUUAGUAAAGUUCCAAAAUAUUCUGGGCGGUUUUCUAAUGACGCAGAGUUGGACAAAAGUUAUCGGCAGUACGCAGAUCAUAUGCGUGCUAUAACGGUUGCCUUAUCUGAUGGUAUUCUACCUCAGUCAAAUCAUAAGAUCCGUAAACUUAUUCAACGGUCCUUGCGUUUAACGGAGCAUCAAUUUAUUCCACAUCUAAAAUCUUCCAGAGACUUUGCAAACUUCCUUCAAGAAUCCGUAAACUCGGUUGUAACCACUUUAUCAAAAGUCUAUGAAGAGACAGAACAAAUGAAAACUGAAACUGGUGAAAUACUUGCCCUAGAGGUAGAGCGAUAUUUAGAUGCUAGCAAGAAUGAUGGGAUUUGUGGCGAUGGAAGUGCGAUGUUGCUACCAAGCUUAUUGGUUAUGGAUUUUCCGUCCUUGGGUCGAAUUAAGGAGAUGGACUUGAAAAAAUUAAAAGAGGCUGGGGUUUUGGAUGGACCACAGGCGUUUAGAUGGUAUGACUCGCACGGUGUUACUCAAGAAGCUGCCGAAGAAUUAUGUUGCACACUAGGUGUAAAAUUUGACAAAGAAGGUAUGAAUAACGAGAUGCAACGAGUCAAGAAAGGAUUUAGGGAUCAAAUUGCAAAACAAGUGUUGCUCAAUUCAGAAGCUAAUUUCAUUAGAAAAGUUGAAAGUUUCCUUAUCAAGCAUAAACCAGAAGAAGCGGGUGGAAUCUGUAAACCGGAUCUCACAAUCUCAACAAAAGAAAAGGGUCAGGAGGUCCUUUUAGAGUGGAUAUUUGACGAAGAUGGAGAAGCAGUGGAGGAAGUUACGGGAAGUGACAAGACCUAUUGGAUUAUUUUAAAUAAAACCAUUUUUAUUCCCGGAAGUAAAACGUUGACUUCGGAUGUCGGUGCUGUAGUUCUGGCAGAUGGGUCUUCUUUAAAUGUCACCAAUGUAAAAGUUUUGCCAUCUGGUUGGAUUCUUCAUCAUGUUUCGAAUAUUCCAGCGUCAGGAUUCAGACGGAAAUCCAAAGUUCGCAGAUUUCAAUCCGAUAACGCAAAAGUGUUUGGUCGUGAAAUUAGUGCUCAAGCCAUACGGUAUUUGCAACACUGGUUAUACAAAAACUUCAAAGUGGUUCGCUUCACCGAUGGAUUCGUGUCUGACCAAGAUAUCCGAUUGGAGUUUAGUAUCCUCAAAGGAGAAAUUGGGUCAAAAGAAAUUCGUCAGCUCCAGGAAGACCUUAAUGAAUACGGAGUGCCAUUGGUCGUCACGCAGAAGAUCAACAAAAAGAAUGGACAGUAUGAGUUAGUUUGUAAAACUGGUAUAUCAGCAGAAACCGCAAAUCGUCAUGGGUUUGAAGCGACGGAGCUUUUAAACAAAUUAGAAAAAUUGUGCAACAGUCACAACUUAGCAGAUUCAGUGAUUCAAAAUGAAAUAAAAAUGAUUUGUCAGGAAUUGUCUCGCUGUUUAAAAGACGAAAAAAUCAUAUUCCCCUUGGAUGUCCUAAAAGUGGUGCAAGAAGGACUAACAAAGGCUGAGAAGCUGUCUUCGAAAAACGACGAAGCAGAAGAGAUUAGAAAAUUUACCAAAGAACUGGAGGAAAUUCAAGAGCCAGUGGUUUUAAAGUGUUUUGAGAGCGAUAAUGAAUUUAGUUCACUGAAGAAAAUUACCAGGGUGGUAGAAAACAGGCCUGUACUAGUCUUGAUUACUUCCAGUGAUGGCUUUGUUCAAGGUCGAUGUUCAAUACCCGAGACCAUGGCAGUAGCUGCAAGCGAUUCAAUGUCCGCGCAAGACUGGAUGAACUGCAUUACCAAAGAACUCGGUACUGGAAUCGUAAAUCCACCCAAAGGACAAAAUCCGCAGUUUGUAGUAAAUUUAAAACGAGUUCGAGUUUCAGAUACAAAGCUUAAAAUAGAGUCGGCUCUGGAGAAAGCUGAGGAAUAUAUUCUUAAUCACUACAGCUAUGUGAAAGUGUUAGAAGUACCUCGAAUCAAGUUAGCAACCACAACUCAGUUUGUUAAGAGUUAAUUCUAGUCGGAUCAAUGCAAUUGACUUGUCCUUCUUUUUAAUAAACGUUUUAAUUUAGUUUCAAAAUAAAUUAUAGUUAUAAAACAGA